CUCAACGCAAACCCUGCACUCCGCUUCCCCUCGCACCGUGAGCUGAAUCCGUCCCCGGGACAGACAGGGGAAGAUGGCGGCCACUGACCAAUCCCGGUCCGAAGCUGCCAAACAGCGACGGCAGGAUCAGCUGCAGCGAUGGCUGGGCUCGGAGACGGAUCAGACCGGACCGGAGGCCCGAGGAACUGCGAGCGGUUCCGGGACGCGACGGGCGAAAGUCCGCUUCGCCCAAGGGGCCGUGUUCAUGGCCGCCUGCUCCGCCGGAGACCGGGAGGAGGUGACGGCGCUGCUCCGGCAGGGAGCCGACAUCAACCACGCCAACAUAGACGGGCUGACAGCGCUCCAUCAGGCCUGCAUCGAUGAAAACGCUGAGAUGGUGCAGUUUCUGGUGGAGAGCGGCAGUGACGUGAACAGAGGGGACAACGAGGGCUGGACUCCUCUGCACGCUGCGGCUUCCUGCGGCUUCAUCCAGAUCACUAAGUACCUGAUCGAGCACGGCGCUCGCGUGGGAGCGGUGAACAGUGAAGGAGAGCUUCCUCUGGACGUGGCCACGGAAGACGCCAUGGAGAGACUUCUCAAAGGCGAAAUCAAAAAACAAGCAAUCGACGUGGACGUGGCCCGGAAGGAGGAGGAGAGGGUGAUGCUGCGGGACGCCAGGGCGGUGCUGGCGGGCGGAGGCACCCUCACGCCUCACCCGAACACCAAAGCAACCGCUCUGCACGUCGCUGCUGCCAAAGGCUACAUCGAAGUCCUGAAGGUGCUGUUGCAGUGCGGGGUGGACGUGGACAGCGGGGACAUCGACGGGUGGACGCCGCUGCACGCAGGAGCUCACUGGGGGCAGGAGGAGGUGUGCUCCCUGCUGGCCGACAACAUGUGCAACAUGACCGCCGUCAACAACGUGGGCCAAACACCUCUAGAUGUUGCGGACGAGAACCUCGCGGACGCCCUGGAGGAGCUGCAGAAGAAGCAGAAGGCGUUACGCAGCGAGAAAGAGAAACAGACUCCUGUUAUUGAGAUCGGCCCGCAGAUCUCCAUGGUACCGCUUCGUACACGCAGGACUUCUAUCUCUCGUAUGAGCAGCAAAGACAAGAUCUGCCUCCACGAGCGGGAGAAGCACCCACCUCCCGCCCUGCAGGGCAGCCCGGCCGAGGACGAGGAGGAGGAAGCCCCGACGGGACCGAGCCAGCCUCAGAGCCCGGGGAAGGCGUCCAGCAGCUCCAGCUCGGAGGUGGAGAGCGAAUCGGAGAGCGACGCAGAGUCGGAAAAAGCAAAAAACAGAGAGCUCAUUAAUAACUUGAACAACAAACGCAACACCAGCAGCCUGCUUCCUACCUCCAUGCCAACGAGCCCCGCAGCCAUCCCAGCGAAAAAGCUGGACCGGGGCAAGCCCCCGGCCCCCGAGGCUCCGGGCUCCUGGAGGACGUCUCUGAGGAAGGCGGGAAGCUCGACGACUCUGGGCCUAGCCGGACUGUCCGAAUCCAGCCAGGACCCCAGCAGACCUCCACCCACUGUGCUGGGCAUGAGCCGCUCCGCCUCCAGUCCCCGCCUCAGCUCUGAGGCCGACGCCAAGGAGCCGCGGCUCGCUCGGGUACCGCCCAUCCCGACACGGAGACUCUUCAGCAUCCCGGACAGCAGCUCUGACAACUCCAACAGUUGGCUAAGUCGUAGCUCCUCUUACACCCGGCGCCUUCAUAGUCAAUCAGUGAAUGAUUUCACUAGUUCCACCCCCUCUUUGCUUCACAGCUCAUCUUAUGGAAAAAGACUGGAUGACCCCCCCGUGACCUCAGCAAACACAGGAACGAGCUCCGCUGGAAUCAGCCGCCUUAAUAGUGUCUCGUCCCAGAGACUUUCUCAGGAACAGACAGAAAAGAAGGAUCGGCCUGCUGUCACCACCUCCUCCAACUCUCAGAGCACAGGAGAACAGGAGGCCAAGCAGAGGCGCAAAUCGUACCUGACGCCGGUGCGGGACGAGGAAGCCGAGGCGCAGAGGAAGGCUCGCUCUAGACACGCGCGGCAGUCCCGCCGCUCCACUCAGGGGGUGACGCUAACGGAUCUGCAGGAGGCAGAGAAGACGAUGAAGACGGACAGCAAAGCGAGAGAAAAGAAGAAGGAGGAGGAGGAGAAGGAAAAAGAGAAGGAGGCGAAAGCGAGGAAGGGAGAGGAGGGGCAGGGGAUACUGUGUUCGCAGGAAGUCAGCUGGAGGUCUCGUAUCGCCAGUCUGCAGAAGUCCGACCUGCUGGGCCUCACGCAGCCCGCCGGCACGCCCCGCCCGCCGACAUCGGACCGGAGAGCCGUGGAGGCCAGCGCAGGGGAGAGCGAGACGGAGCGAUGGGCCAGAGAACGCAAGGAGAGGAGACAAGCUCGGGCCAGAAGGAAGGCACAGAGGACCGGGGAGAGCGAUGACAAUUGUCCCAGUGGAGAGGAGGAGGUCUCAGGCAGUGGGCUGGAUCCACAGACGAACCAACACCCGAGUUCCAGGUCCUUGAACGACUGCACCCAGGGAGGAGUCUCCGACGGCAAGGAAUUUAAGAAGCUGUUCGAGGACGUCUCUAGAGAAAACACUCAGCUCCAGUCUCAACUGCAGGACACCCAGAGGAUUAUCAGUCAGACCAGGUUGGAUCUGGAACAGGCCACACAGAGACAGGAGCGCUUCACCGACUGUUCAGCCUUGCUGGACCUGGAGAGAAAGGACCGCAGGAUGUUGGAGCGUCGGAUGGCCGAGCUGGACGAAGAGCUGAAGUAAUACAGAAUGAAUAGGUAAAGUCCUCUUCUCUAAAGGAAUAUUUCAGUAUUUUGGGAAAUAUGCUUUUGAUUCCACUUGGCUGGCAGCUGCUUAGCUUAGUUAGUCCAGGGCGAUGACAUGAAUCAAGGAGAGGCUCCGUCUAAAGGUAACUUCCUACUCCUGGCUAAAGUGGGGAGCAAUCAAUCAUACCUGGAUAUUCAUAUUUAUUUUGUAUAGAAACUAGUGUUAUUGACAAAGCAGGUAAACAUUUUCUAAAAUGUCAAACUGUUUAUUUAAAUGUCUAACCAACUGAUCAAAACUCAACUGUAUUUAACAUAGUUAUGUGUCCGGCCUCAUUUUUUAAAUUGUGUGUUGAUAGAUUUGUUAGUACCAUUUAUUAAUAUGAAUAGACAGUAAAAACUACCUACAGUGUGUAAUCCUACCGUCCCAAACCAAACCAGCCAUAAAAUCAUCAAACUGUUUUUACGUUUAGUUUUAACGCACGCAUAACUCUUACCACCAGGUUCUGGUUGAUUUGAGAGCCGACAACCAGCGUCUAAAAGAUGAAAAUGGAGCACUGAUCCGUGUCAUCAGCAAACUCUCCAAAUAGGUAGAGAGCGAGACACAAAGACCAGGGAACCCCCUCCCCCUUCAUCCAUCCAUCCAUCCAUCCCUCUCUCCGUGCUUCCACACAUUCCUCCAAGUGCCAAAUAGUGAGAGGGAGGGAGGGAGGGAGAAGUGGCAGAAUGUCCUAUGUACAUGAACACCACAGCUUGGAUUGUGAUGCCUCUAUGAGAACAGCUGGAGUGGAUUUGUGUGCCUUGCAGUCCGUUUGUAAAAGGAAGACCUACAGCACGAAGGCCUGUGACCGGGUCCGAGGCUCCCACAGUAGCAGCAUGAGCAGCAGCAGCAGCCCCAAUGCCCACAGCUGGUGCACCACACAACCCCAUCUACUACGCCUGUGCAUCAGGGGAACACUAACGUGCAAACACAUUCCUAUGAGUGCAUCACAUACUUCCUCUAUGCACAUUCCACGAGCGCACAAGCCGGCUUUGGCCUUAAAGCUCCCACUUUGUGUUUAUUUUUUUUGUGAACACACACACACUUCACGAAUUUACCAUAAUCACAGUUUCAAUUGAACGUGUUGUCAAGCAGUAAAGGUUUUGGUGAAAUUCAAGUUUUGUCUUUUCUUUUUUUUUUAAUGGCUGUAGAAAAGAUGUCUGGCUGUGUCUUUACAUUCAGCGUCGUCCUGCCGACGGGGGGUGGGUGGGGAGUGGGAGUCCACAGAACUGUUGGGUUUUUUGGUCUCCACAUCCGAGUGUUUGAACCCACCUACCUCUCCACCUGUGCACUUCCCCACAUACAUUUGUGUUUUUGUGACCACAGACACACUUCAUGCUCUUAAGAAUGACAGAACCAGGUCAGUCGAUCACAGCACUUUACUCCUUUGCAAAGCAAUAGAAGGUGUGCGACGCUUUGCGUGUCCUCCACACAGACAAACACUACUCUGUGGGGGGGGGAAGUUAACCAUGGCUGAAGGUCAAAGGUCAUUGCACAGUUAUACCAAUUGCUGUUGUGUCAAAGCCUUAUGCUAUGGAUUGUUUAAAAUAUUACCAUUGAUAAAUGUAUUAUUUUCAUAGUUUGUCAUUGUCAAUUCCUCUACAAUGGAUUAUGGUAAUGUAUAUUAUAUGUGUAUAAAUAUUAGUCUUGAAUAAUACCCCCUCCUGAAGUAAAAUACCAUGUAGCUUUUCUUCACAUGUUUUUUCUAAUAUAUUGAAUGGAUGUCUGCACCCUAAUAAAGAGAAGUGUUUGUAGAGCC